AUGGAUGCUACGUUCCUCAACCUCCGCUGCCUCCUCUUUCUCCUCUGCCUUCUCUCCCAUCCGAAAGCUGGCGCCGUGGACGAGCGUCAACUUCUUUUGAAGUUCAAGUCUACAUUCGAAAAUCCAAGCACCAACAGAAUCCUCAACACAUGGAACUCCUCAAAUCCUGUGUGUAGUUUCAGCGGAGUUGUCUGCAAUGGAAAGAAGUACGUUCGAGAAAUCGACCUUACGGAUCAAAACUUAUCCGGGUGUCUGGUGCUGGACGACAUAUGCCAGCUCAAGUUUUUGGAAAAGCUGGUGUUGAGAAACAAUGCUUUUCAUCCACGUCUCUUCCCAAGUGAAGUCUUCAACCUCAAGAAUCUCACAUUGCUUGACUCGGCGAACUGUAGCCUCCAAGGACCAGUUCCAAAGAGUUUUGGAAACCUCUCGGAGCUUACAAUCUUGGACCUAUCUUAUAACAACAUGGUCGGGGAAAUUCCAUCCGAGGUUGGCAAGCUCACCAAGCUGUGGCAGCUCGAGCUCUACGGCAACCACUUGAACGGAACGCUUCCUUUCGGGCUAAGAAACCUCACAAACCUGGAGAAUUUCGACCCCUCAAUGAACUUAUUCGAAGGGAAUUUGUCGGAGUUCCGAUUCUCGAAGAACAUAGUUUCUUUGCCGUUGUACGAGAACAAUUUAUCUGGAGAAGUGCCAGCUGAGUUUGGAGAAUUCAAGAAGCUUGUGGACCUCUCUUUGUACAAAAACAUGUUGACCGGUCCUCUGCCUCAGAAACUAGGCUCUUGGUCUAAAGUUGACUACAUUGAUCUAUCUGAGAAUUUCUUGACGGGAACUAUUCCGCCUGAUAUGUGCAAGAUGGGGACGAUGAAUAAUCUUUUGUUCGUGCAGAACAAGCUCUCUGGCGAAAUUCCUCAAAAUUACGCCAAGUGUACGACGUUGAAAAGGUUCAGAGUCAACAACAACUUGCUCUAUGGUGUUGUUCCUCCUGGGAUCUGGGGCCUGCCUCAUGCAGAAAUCAUUGACAUUAGAUCGAAUCGAUUUGAAGGUCCGAUUACUUCUCAUAUCGGAAAAGCUAGGACGCUUGCUUUGCUGUUCGUGAGUUAUAAUCAACUAUCUGGUGAAUUGCCAGAUGAGAUUUCCAAAGCAACAUCUUUGGUGUCGAUUGUUUUGGAUAACAAUAGCUUUUCGGGUAGAAUUCCGAGGAGUCUUGGUGAUCUGAAGCAUCUGGGUGUUCUGUAUUUGCAAAGCAACAUGUUCUCUGCGUCAAUACCAAAGUCUUUAGGAAGGUGUUUUCUCCUGAGCGACGUGAACAUGGCCCACAACUUGCUUUCUGGUGAAAUCCCGUCAUCCUUAGGCUCACUCCCAUCCUUGAACUCCCUAAACUUAUCACAUAAUCAGCUUUCCGGUCAAAUUCCAGAAACAUUAGCAUCCUUAAUGCUACGAAUUCUUGACUUGACGCACAAUGGACUCACUGGUGUCAUACCAAAAGCUUUGUCGAUUGCAGCCUACAAGAGUAGCUUUUCUGGUAACCCCGGUUUCUGCAGCAUGUAG